GCCAAGAAAACGACGCAAGGGAGAGACAGGAGGGGCGGGGGCCAACGGGGAGAGCGGCAACCGGGGGGAAGCCAGGGGCACACCGGCGAGACGAACAGGAAAGCCGAAAAACGCAACACGCGCAGACAGAAAAGAACACGGCGCAAGAGGGACAGACAACGGGGCCAGCCCGAAGGGCAAGAAAAACGAAGCGAAGGGGGGCAAGGGGGGGCGGGGACGGGCGAGAAAGCAGAAGAGCAGCAAAGGAAACAACAACCAAAAGACCAAGAAAGGGCCGCAAAACAGGGGGCAGAAGCCGCAGGAAGGGCGAGGGGCAGGAGGGAAGCCAAAAGGCAGGACGAACCACGCAGAGAAACCAGGCGGGGGGGAAAGGCGGGGGCCACGCAGCACCGGCGGGCAGCCGGAGGGGAGGAGAGCCGCGGGGCAAAGCCACCGGGCGAAAGGACGGAGCGCCAGAAAGGGCAGCAAGCAGAGCAGCAAGGCGAGGAAGAGGAAAGCGAGACGGAAGAGGGAGAGGGGGAGGGCACGACAAGCAACACACAGGCGCCAGGGACCGGCGGGGGGGCACAAGGAGCACGGGAACGGCACACGGACGCAAGCGGGCGCGAAGAGGGCCAAGGGCAAGAAGCGCGGCAACCGGGGGCGGGAGGGCCGGGGCGGCCACGGGAGGGGGGGGGAGGCGGGGCGGGGGGCAAGGGAGAGCCAGGGACAAAGGCGAGGGAGGCGCAAGCCCGCGAAGGGGGGGCAAGCCGGGGGGCAGCGCGGGAGGGAAGAAAGCGGAAAAAGCAGCAAGCAAGGCAGCAAGAGAGGCAGGACGAGAAACAAGAGGCAGAGGGGAACACAAGAGAAGAAGCAAGAGCAGGGGGAAGCGGAGGAAGGAAAAGGAAGGGAAACGGGGCGCCCGGCGGAGGGCCGGCGGAAGGGCAGGGGGGGGGCAAGAAGAGAGGGCGGAGGGGGAGGCCGGGGCCGGGGGGGGAGAGGAAAAGGGCGGGGAAAGGGAGAGGGGAGGAGGGGGAGGCGGGGAGGGGGGAGAGGGGGAAGAGGGCACGGAGGGCGCCGCGGGGGAGGCCGGCCGCGAGGGCAAGAGGAGGGCGGCCACCGGGGGAGGAGGCAAAGGAGACAAGACAGAGCGAACGCCAGCCAGGGGAAAACACAGAAGGGGGCAGCAGGCCAGCAAAAGGGAGGGGCGAGCAAAGGGCCACGGGCGACCUAACAGCACAGGAGCAGCCGGCAGGGGGACAAGAGCACACAAAAGGGCAGCAGAGGAACGGGGAAGAAGAGAAAGGAAGAAGAGCCGGCGGGGGGACGCGAACGGCGCCGGCAGCGGGAACCAGGGCAAAACGAGAGGGAGGAGGGGGAGCAAGCAAAGGGAAGGGAAAGAAAGGGAACCAGAGCGGCACGAGCACAGGGGGGCAACGGCCAGAAGCGAGGAGCACAGGACAAGCAGGCCCGCGAAGGGACCGGGAGCAGAAAAGAGAGGGGCGCGGGGAGACGCAGCGGCGGGGAAAGGAGGAACAGGCAAAACCGGCGGAACAACAAGAGGGAGGAACAGACGCACGAGCAGCAGAGGCAGAAGCAAAAGCGAAAGGGAAAGGGGGGCCGCCGCAACAG